AUGACUUUUCUUGCGGGGUUUUUAUAUUUUGCCGCGGGGCCAGUUUUUGUCGACCAAGCAAGACUUGAGAGAGAACUGAAAGUCAAUAACAUCGCCUUUGUCAUGCAGCUGAAAGCGGCCAACAAUGGAUAUCUUUACGCUUAUAGAUUCAAACACUGCAUAGCAUCCAUUUGUAAACACUCCAGUAUUGGUCUCACAGUUCACAUCUUUGCUAAUUCUUUUGGUAAAAGCCAGUCGUCGAAAAUUCUUGAAGUACUAGCUGCUAAUUGCGUGAAUGGCUUCAGUGUUAAAUUCUACGAUGUUGAUGAAGUGUUAGAAAAAGUUUUACCAUCUAUAAACGUGAUUCAGGACGCUAUUGAAGUUGGCGGUCGCAAUAAUACGAGAGAAGCUCUUUUCUAUCUUCCCAUUUUCAUGAAUCUUAUUCUUCCUGGAGAUGUGUCCAGGGUCAUUUUGUUAGAUGUAGACUUCUUUUUUUACACUGACAUCAAGCAGCUAUUUGAUCAUUUCGACAACUUUAGAAACACAACUCUCUUUGGUUUAGCUUUGGUGCAAGAGCCGGUUUACAGAAGGGACUUUGAAAAAUACAGAGAGGAGCAUCCGGGAACAAAGAUAGGUGAUCCACCCCCCAAUGGCAGGACGGGAUAUAGCAGAGGUCUCACCAUGAUUCACCUCGAUAACAUGCGAAGAUCAGAGCGUUACUAUAGUAUCCUGUUGUACAACGAGGUAAAAAAAUACGCAGAAAAAUAUCAAUUUCAAGGGACUCGAGCUCAGCAAGAUUUCUUUGUACUGUUGGACGCAGAACACCAUGAAGAUCUGUUUUACGUUGUUCCCUGUCAAUGGAAUCGUCAGUUAUAUCGCGGUCUUUCACGAGAUGUUGAUUUUGAUAAGUUUCAUAAUUGCCCAAAACCUAUUCACGCCUACCACGGAAACGGUGUAGCAAGAAUGCCCACGAUGAAUAAUUUUCAUCAGUUUUUGUUUGACUGA